AUGGAUGUUGAUGACAAUAAUGAAGAAGUUGAUGAUGUUGCUGAUGAUGCUCAAGACAACAUGGAUGAGUUAUUGCAUGAUUUAUUUAGAGAUGUAGCAGAAGAGUCUCCAGUGAACCAAGAAGAUGGCCUAAGUGACGAUGAAGAAAGGUUAACAAAGGAGGCAAAGAAAUUUUAUAAGUUAGUUGAUGAAGGUAAGCAGCAGUUGUUUCCGGGAUGUAAAACUUUUUCUAAACUCUCUUUUAUCAUCCGGUUGUAUCUUCACAAGUGCAUCCAUGGCCUAAGCAACGAGGCAUUUGAUGAUUAUCUAGCCAUAUGGAGAGAGGCAAUUCCUGAAAUAAAUCUACCAAAGUCUUAUUAUGAGGCCAAAAAAAUUGUGAAGGAUUUGGGCCUUGAUUACAAGAAGAUACAUGCUUGCCCUAAUGAUUGCAUGCUUUACCGUGGAGAAGAUGGAGAAAAAGUUGCUUGCAGUAAAUGUGGUGAAAGUAGAUGGAAGGCAAAUAAGCAGGAUGUUCCAGCCAAGGUUUUAAGAUAUUUUCCUUUAAAACCUAGAGUUCAAAGACUAUUCAUGUGUUCUCAGACUGCUGAAUCCAUGAGCUGGCAUGCAAAAGAGCGCCUCCAGGAUGGGAAUCUAAGGCACCCAGCAGAUGGCAAAGCAUGGAAGGAUUUUGAUUCCAAUCAUCCUGAUUUUGCACUAGACCCUCGUAAUGUGAGGCUGGGCUUGGCUAGUGACGGGUUUAAUCCAUUUCGGACUAUGAGCAUUUCGCAUAGCACAUGGCCGGUGAUCUUGAUAAAUUAUAAUUUACCACCCUGGAUGUCUCUAAAGCCAGAAUAUUUCAUGUUUUCUUUGCUUAUUCCAGGGCCUCAGUCCCCUGGGAAUAAUAUCGAUGUUUUCUUGCAACCGCUGAUUGAAUGGCCGGUGAUCUUGAUAAAUUAUAAUUUACCACCCUGGAUGUCUCUAAAGCCAGAAUAUUUCAUGUUUUCUUUGCUUAUUCCAGGGCCUCAGUCCCCUGGGAAUAAUAUCGAUGUUUUCUUGCAACCGCUGAUUGAUGACUUGAAAGAGUUAUGGGAAGUCGGAUUGCUUACUUAUGAUGCUUCAAGUAAACAACCAUUUUAUGUUCGUGCAGCUUUACAUUGGACUAUAAGUGACUUUCCAGCAUUUGCAAUGUUAUCCGGAUGGAGUACUAAAGGGAAGUUGGCUUGUCCUUGCUGCAACUAUGGCACUUGUUCGCAAUAUUUAAAAUACAGUAGGAAAAUGUGUUACAUGGGUCAUCGUCGAUUUUUGAGUGAUAAUCAUCCAUGGCGGUUAAAUAGAAGAAACUUUAACGGCCAUGUUGAGUUAGGAAAAAAACCUGAAUCAUUAUCCGGGAUAGAGAUUAUGGAGGAAUUGCGUGGCUUUGUUAAUGACUUUGGGAAGAAACAAAAGAAAAAAUUAGAAAAGGGCUGUCCAUGGAAAAAAAGGUCAAUAUUUUUUGAUUUGCCUUAUUGGGAGCAGAAUACAUGUCGGCACUUGCUGGAUUUAAUGCACAUAGAGAAGAAUGUGUGUGAUAAUAUAAUUGGAACAUUAUUAGACAUUCCUGAAAAGACGAAGGAUCAUGUUAGAGCUCGUUUUGAUUUGCAGCAUAUGGGCAUAAGAAGAGAUCUACACCCAACCAAGUCAGCUGAUGGUCGGCAUUUUACAUUCAAAUCCCUUUAA